CUAGUAUCGUCCACACAAACUUGCCGUUCAGGAAGCGCGCUUUGGGACUGGCAAGCCAAACGUUAAACCCGCCCGGCAGGGAAACUAAGGUCUAGAUAUGUGGCUUGAAAACCACUCCAUAGAAGAUUUUAUGAUCCGCUUCAUACCAAGAAUGGAACAUGAGGUCUUAGAACGGGUGGAAGCGAGGACGAACUCGGAAGGAAGCCAGAGCAACCUACUCCUUUCUGUCCGGAUGCGUGACUCCUGGGGGACCGGAAGGUUCUGGUUCGACUAUGGAAUCAGGAAGAGUUUCGACAUCGAUACGGUCUAUUAGGCUGCACUUCACAAGGAUGGGGAUUAUGUGCUUAAUAACAAGAUGAGAGAAGAGAUAGAGAAGUUAGCGGAUCUGAAGAUGGAGCAGUUGAAAGCUUAUGAUGCAGAGUGUAAGGUCCGAUUUUCUUUCAUGAGAUUAGGUUUUCGCAGGCGAUACUUGUUCAUAUGGUUGC